UGUGUCCUCACUCACUUCCAUCGCCGCAACAUAGAGCUGAAUGAAACCAUCGCCACCACCUCCUUUCACAAUCACUAACAGAGUUGGAAACCUUUGCCACCACCUCCAUCGCUGCACAGCACAGAGUUGGGAACUUCGUUCAAUCUACUGUCGGAGAUAUCGCCACCACCAUUGGCCCUAACAAAUUGGUAUCACUACUGCAACCCUGUCUCUUCUCCGUCGUCGAUAACUCGAUAUUUUGCAAAUACCAUGACAAAUCUUACCCUUUAACCCUGUUGACCCCGAACAGCACGAGAAAUCUUACCCUUUCAACCUGUUGUAGUGUUAUUUUUCUUAAAAGUAGAACUCCUACGAAUGAAUAGCCAAAACCCUUCUCCUGCGGCCGCAGCUAGUUUCACCUUAGUCUAACGAUUUGCAAUUUUGCAUCGCAUCUCUAAUAAUCUUCUCCAGCAACGAAAACUUCAUUGGAUUGCAUUCGUUCAUCGUCAUACUACUGACAGAAUUGAUGCCAAAUGAUAACUGAAUCGUUCCCUCCAUUCUCAAUUUCUCAUCCUCCACUAGAAGUCCAUUGGUGAAAGGAAGGAGGGAGACUAGGAGGGGAGAAGGCACAGAGACAUAGCAUUUGCUGCAGGAAGAACAACAUGUUUGCAACUGCAAUCAGGUACAUGGCUAAAAAGCCGAAGCCGAAGAUGAAACCAAUAGAGCUCAAAACGCCACCGGAACAAACCCAGACUAUCACCCGUGUCAUCUUCGACAUUUUGAAGGAGCACGGCCCUCUCACUAUCGCAAACACUUGGGAACAUGUCAAGGACGUUGGCUUGAGAGGAUUGACAAGCAAAAGACACAUGAAAAUAGUAUUGAGAUGGAUGAGGGAAAGACAGAAGAUUAGAUUGAUAUGCAACCAUGUGGGGCCCCAUAAGCAGUUCCUCUACACUACCUGGUUCACAAAUCCCAACAUCAAGCCCUUAAAACCAAGAAAUGGUUCUUCACAACCAUAGCCACAGGGUAUCUAUGGAUGCAAAUUGUGCUUUUUCACAGCCAUUGCUGUUGGGGAUAAAAGAUUACUAGUGGUGACCUGUUAUCCCAAAUUCAUGUGGAAAUUUUGUAAAUACGUGCAUAGAUUUUAAUAUCCUCUCUCUCUCUCUCUCCUUCAUUGUUCUGUAUAUUUUUCUUUCUGUGAACUUAUUUCUGCAUAAUGAUUGCAUAAUUUUACAUUUAACACUGGUAUUAGGUCAAAGUUCAGUGGUCAAUAGGAUAUGAUAUAUUGGGUGAAAAUUAAUACUUCUCAGUCAUUACUUAUAAAUCAAUAUGGUGAUCCUUUUUUCUGUAA